GUGUCCAUAACAAAUUCCAGUCAUAUCUGCUAUACAUACCUGCCAACAAUGGCAUUUUCUUUCCCUCAAUUUAUACCAAAAGAAAACAUUCUCAUAAUUAAUCCACCGAGAGAGAGAGAGACAAUGGAAUCGAUGGUGAAAUUCCUGUAUCCACCUCCUUCCAAUUUGUUCAUCUCAGCUAUGUCUGUAGCGAGUGUAGUGUCCUUAGCAAACGCUGGUUUCUCAGAGAUAAGAGGGAAGAACAUGAAAUAUUCAAAAUUCUCCAUCGCUGAUGGUAAAGAAAGAAAAAUUUCAGGUAGAAAUGGAAUGCUAUUGGCUUACACGCCUGCCUUUCUCGCUGCUGUCGCCUCCUUUGGCCUUGUUCCAGACGAAGGUCUCAAGGUUUUGCUCAUCAAGUCUGCUGUAACCAUUCAUUUCCUCAAAAGAAUAUUUGAGGUGCUUUUCAUCCAUAAAUAUAGUGGUGGGAUGGAUCUUGGUGUUGCAAUUCCUAUCAGUUUUAGUUACUUCAUAUCAACUACAGCAAUGAUUUAUUCUCAACACCUAAUACAAGGACAUUCAGAGUCACAAAUUGAUCUGAGUUAUCCUGGGAUUGUGCUGUUUCUAAUUGGAAUAAGUGGUAACUUCUAUCACCAUUACCUUCUGUCCAAACUGAGAAGCAAUAAUAGUGACAAAGAAUAUAAGAUCCCGAAAGGUGGGUUGUUUGACCUAAUUAUAUGCCCUCAUUACUUUUUUGAGAUAUUAGGUUUUUGGGGUGUCUUUUUCAUUUCUCAAACAGUUUACACCUUUUCCUUCACCAUUGGGACCACUUUGUAUUUGAUGGGAAGAAGUUAUGCCACUAGGAGAUGGUACCUUUCCAAGUUUGAUGACUUUUCCAGGGAUAUCAAAGCCCUUAUUCCUUUUGUUUUCUGAUGUUGAAAAUGUUGAAAGAAAAAGUAGUAAUACUGAUUCGUAUAGUGUUUACCUUU